CCGGGUCCGGACAGACACAAGUUAUUAUCAGGCAACCAGGCACGGGCCAGUCGGCUUCUCACCUCUUUUCUGCACCUACCGCUCUCCCUUCAUCCGUUCUGUAUGGUGGAUAUUAUCUUCAACUCUUCUUUCUUGGGUGAUAUGGGGGAUCAUUCCAAAAAGAAGCCUGGAUUCGCAAUGUGUGUAGGAUGUGGAAGUCAGAUCCAUGACCAGUACAUACUGAGAGUCUCCCCCGACCUGGAGUGGCAUGCAGCCUGCCUGAAGUGUGCAGAGUGCAGCCAGUACCUGGACGAGUCCUGCACUUGCUUCGUCCGCGACGGCAAAACCUAUUGCAAAAGAGACUAUGUAAGGCUGUUCGGCAUCAAAUGCUCCAAAUGCAACCUGGGCUUCAGCAGCAGCGACCUGGUCAUGCGGGCCAGGGACAACGUGUAUCACAUCGAGUGUUUCCGCUGCUCGGUGUGCAGCAGACAGCUCCUGCCGGGGGACGAGUUCUCCCUGCGGGACGAGGAGCUGCUGUGUCGGGCUGAUCACAGCCUGCUGGUGGAGCGGAGCUCCGCCGGCAGCCCCGUCAGCCCGGGACACAUCCACUCCAGCAGGCCGCUGCACCUAGCAGAACCAGUGACGGUGCGGCAGGCCCCGCACAGGAACCACGUGCAUAAACAGUCGGAGAAGACGACGCGCGUCCGAACGGUGCUGAACGAGAAGCAGCUGCAUACGCUGCGGACGUGCUACAACGCCAACCCGCGGCCCGACGCGCUCAUGAAGGAGCAGCUGGUAGAGAUGACGGGCCUGAGCCCGCGGGUGAUCCGGGUUUGGUUCCAGAACAAGCGGUGCAAAGACAAGAAGAGGUCCAUCCUCAUGAAGCAGCUCCAACAGCAGCACCACUCCGAUAAGACUGUAAGCAUCUUCAACUUGCAAGGGCUGACGGGGACGCCGCUGGUGGCGGGCAGCCCCAUCCGGCACGAGGGCAGCCUCCAGUGCAACCCGGUGGAGGUGCAGACCUUCCAGCCGCCCUGGAAGGCCCUGAGCGAGUUCGCGCUUCAAAGCGACCUGGACCAACCGGCCUUUCAACAACUGGUGUCUUUCUCAGAGUCGGGUUCGCUGGGGAACUCCUCGGGCAGCGACGUGACUUCUCUCUCCUCCCAGUUACCGGACACCCCCAACAGUAUGGUACCCAGCCCGGUGGAGACGUGAGGCGGCCCGGUAGCCCCCCGCAACACCCUGCGACCUGCGACCUCCAGCAGCAGCAUGCUCCCUGGACACCCCCCCCCCCCCCCCCCCCGCAUGUUACAGGCUCCCCACCACGACCAACCCCCUCCCCCCCCCAAGGAAAAAGGACAAGAAGUAAAAACACUCAAAACAUUGAUUUUUUUUCUUCUUUUUUAUUUGAUGGGACGGAGAUGAGUCCGGGACGUUUUCUACCACCCCUCCCUCCAUAUUUCCGUCCGUUUUUUUGGGACAAAAAGAAAAGACCGCGGAUGCAUGACUUCGUCCGGAGGAAGAACUUAAGAGGUAUAGAGGACCUCUUGGUGGAUAUAGUACAACCUUUCCUCAAACUACACAUCGGAGUCGUUUGCAGAAUGUCAACGCAGAUCAGAUGGACAUUUAACCACCCCCCGUAUCAUGCUGUGUGUCGUUCUUCUUCCACUUCCUUUUUUGAUACAUUCAUUGCGUUGUGGAGUCGAAGUGGCUCGAGUCUUUUAAGUCUUAAGGUGGGAGCAUGUUGUCGAGCGAUUUAUUUUCGUGUUGUAAAAUAUUUGAUCAAGUGGUUGGGCGAAGAGCUUCAUGAGCUACUCGAACAAAAAAAGUAAGUUAUUGUUAUAUUAUUUAUUGUCAGGAAAGCGAUUCGUAAAAAGAAAUAUUAACUAAUUAUUACAAUAAACAGCUGAAUACAUGAAA